CAGUCGACGAAGUUAACCGGAGCAUCGCAGAAUUAGAACAAGCAAAAUGCCCCUUGGGAGAUGUGGGUCAAAAUCCCGUAGUUAGUCAAGAGUUUAUUAGCAUGUGUCAAGAAACCUUGAGUGACUCAAGAGAAGAAAAGGAUAUAACGGCCUCCAGAAAAGCAGAAAUAUACCCGACCACUCAGUUAUAUCCGAAGCCAUCCGAAUUGGAGUUUGGACUUGGUGACAUGACCAGUGCUCGGUACUCAGAACAAGAGCAGGAAGAGGCCAUCAAAGAUGGUAAAUCGCCAGAUACAGCUGAGAGAGCCAUGGAGCCAAAGCCAAAACUUGCUGUUCUCCAUGAAGACUCUGAACACUCACAACAAGAAAAUGUACAGAAAAAUACGUUAGGCGUACAACCGGUCGAUUUGGUACAAACGCCCUCACCACCAGCAGCAUCGACAGUUCGUAAAUCUUGUGUCAAGGAAUCUACAGCACAACCCGAAACAGCAAAGCCGAAAAAAGCCUCCUCAGUAGAAUCACUCACUGCAACAGCUAGAUUAACAAGAUCAAACAGCUUGAGCCUCCCAAGUCCCAUCUUGAAGAACGCGGACAAGCAAACAAGUGAGCCAGGUGUUGGGCCGCGAAGCCAGGUAUCAACAGCGGAUAAGAAUAACCAGCAUGUAAGAACUCUCCCCUCAACUAAAUCGAGUCCACGUCGGCCAAGUUCCUGUCAUUUGGGCACGUUUGUCGAAGUACCAAAACAAGGCGCUAAUGACGCAGCAUCCAUGAGGAUGCUAGCUUACCGAGAAUGGUACCUGAAGUCUCAGAAAUCAAUCCUUGAAGCAAAACGUGUAAUGUCCGAGAAAGAAGCCAAAGAAGCUGAGAGAAAGUUGGAGGCGUUAGAAAAGGCUCAGGAAAAUGAAAAAAUGUUUAUGGCGUGGAAGUCGAGGAAGCGGGCUUAUUUUCGGGAACAACUGAAAAAGAAGAAGGAAGAAGAGGCGGCUAGGCAAAAGAAAGCUCAAGAAACAAAUGAACGGAAGGCGUCAUCUGAAAAGGCAUUUGAAGUGUGGAAGUCUCGAAAAGAUGCUGUAUUAUUAAAACAAGCACGGGAGAAGCAGGAAAAACAAAAACUGUCCAAACAAACACAACAAAAGGAAGAGGAAGAGAAGCGUACGCAAGCCGAAAAGGCCUUCCAAGCUUGGCGAACUAAAAAAGAAGCCGAACUUCGAGAAUUACUACAUAACCAGCGGCAGGAGCAGAUGCAGCAGGAGAGGAGAAAAGAGGAAGAAAUGAAACAGAAAUCUGAGAAGGCAGCUGAGGCAUAUUAUCAAUGGGAAAUGAAGAAGAUAGCGAGUCUGGGUGCCAUGAUUAUUGGUCACGGAUUCAACCAGGCGAAUUCAAUGGAAAAUCUUCGUCCGACGGUUACUAGUGGUCGCAUGACCGAGCGUGCCCCAUGGAGACCAGCCUCUGGAAGGUGCAGUAUGACAAGAGGUUUACCUUCCUGA